UGUCCCUCCGGGUCGUUCGGUGUCGCCAGUUCGAUCCGGUCAGUGGGCCACUCGACAUGAACGACCUACACAAAUCCUCGGAGGCCUCGUCCUUCCCGCCCGUCGAGACGUCCUCGGUCUACUCCCUGGGUAGUCGGGCGAGCCUGGUUCCGGUCAAAUCCAGGGACACGUACUUCAAGAAGAGGAAACAGGCGCGGUGCUUCCUUCCGGCGGUCCUGGCCGUGCCGAUGAUCGCCCUCCUCGCAGCCGUCGUCGUGCUUUCGGUCCUGGUCGGUCGGUUCGGCCGAAGACCGAGGCUGUGCGACACCGAGGAGUGCGUGCGAAUAGCUGCUAGCCUGAAGGAAUCCAUGGACGCGUCCGCGGAUCCUUGCGAGGACUUUUACGAAUUCGUCUGCGGAAGAUGGCCACGGGAGCACCCGACUCCGGACUCCAGGUCGACGAACUCCUGGUUCAGCGUUCGAGCCGACCGCACGUCCAGGAUCGUUCGAGAUCUGCUGAGGAGAGAGUCGAACGCGACCGAGGUUCCGUGGGCCGUUCGUCAGGCGAAAAAGUUGUACGACAGUUGCGUGGAUAUAGAUUCCAUAAACUCCCUGGGUCUCCAGCCGAUCGUUGCUCUUCUUGGGGAACUCGGUCUUCCCUUGGUUCCUGCCGCGUUCACCGACGAGACGGGAAAUUACGUCGAGCUGUUGGCCAAAGUGAAGAGAGUUCUCGGGAGGGACGUCUUCUUCGGCUCCGACAUUAUCCCGGAUCCCAGAAACGGAAGCAGGAACGUCAUAGUACUCGGCCCGCCGACGACGGACAGUCCCUUGCCAAGUGACAGGGAGCUGGACAAGAGGGCCGAGAGGGCGAAAGGGCAUGCUCGAGAGGCCGAGGAAGACGAACCCUCGGCCGAGAGGGUUUACAUGACGGAGGUCAUCAAGGAAGUACUCGGCAACGGGACCUACGACGUUUGCCGCGCCAAUCGAUCCGGCUCGUUUCCCCUCGAUGAAGACGUGGAGAAAGUCGUCGACGAGAUCUACGCUCUCAGCGAGAGAAUGUACCUCAUGUUCCGAAAUAGCGACAACGAGACGUCGGAGGAGGAGAGUCUCGGCGACGAGGAUUACGCUCUGGCGGACGAGCUGCAAAGGUCGACCGACGCCUACGUCGCCGAGGCGAACUCGUCCUUGACCCCGGCGACGAUCUGGAGACCCUUCCUCGAGGAACUGCUGGACGGGACCCCGAACUUGGACCUUUCCCGGAGGGACAAGGUUCUGAUAGGCGACCUCCAAUAUCUGCAGGACGUCGCUCUGAUCCUCUCCUCCACCGACAAACGGACUCUGGAGACCAUGAUUUGGUGGGUCGUCGUCGACAUCCUGGUGCCGCACUCUUCGGCGAAUUUGAGGAGAGCUUGGUCCAGAUACGUGUCCCGGUUAACGGACGUUGAGGUGGGGGAGCCUCGGUCGCUGCAAUGCGCGAAUUCCGUCAACGAUCUGAUGGGAAUGGCGGUGUCGUGGCUCUUCGUGGAGCCGACCUUUCGCGAGGAGAAAGGGCCCAAGGUGAGCGAGAUGCUCGAAGACAUCAGAGCGGCCUUCGCGUCCCUGGUGGUCGAUGCCGACUGGAUGGACGGCCGCACCAAACUCGCGACCCUGGAGAAGAACCAGAAGAUGACCUCGGCCAUCGGCUACCCCGAGUGGCUCUUCCUCGAGGGACGGAUCGACCAGUAUUACGGAAACAUCAGUUUGUCGGAAGAAACGUACCUGGCGAACAUGCUGCAGAUCGUGCGACAAAGGAGUCGCGAGGACCUCUCCAACCUGCGAGCGGAGAAUCUUGCGAACGAGACUUACUGGGUUACCGAACCGACCGACGUCAAUGCCUUCCACACCUUCCAGGCGAAUCAAAUAACCGUGCCGGUCGGGAUUCUGCAAUUCCCGUUUUACGAUUUGGGUCUGGAGGCCUUGAAUUACGGGGCCAUCGGUACCAUCCUCGGACACGAGCUGACACACGGAUUCGACAACAGCGGAAGGCAUUACGACGGUGACGGCAACUUGAGACAGUGGUGGUCCAACGACACCGUACUCGAGUACACCGAGAGGACCCGUUGCUUCGUCGAGCACUACGGAAGCUACUACGAGAAGGAGGUCGGCCUCUACGUCGACGGCGAAUUGACUUUGGGCGAGAACAUCGCCGACAACGGCGGCCUUAGAGAGGCUUUGCUCGCCUACGGGAGAUGGUUAGCCAGACACGGAAGCGAACCUUUGCUCCCAGGAUUCGCCGAUCUGACUCACGAGCAGCUCUUCUUCGUAGCAUUUGGACACCUGUGGUGCGAAGACUAUACCCCGACAUCGAUACCGUGGAUGCUGCUGGACCCUCAUUGUCCAGGUCACGUCAGACUUUUAGGCGUCUUGAGGAACUCGAAAGAAUUCAGCCAGGCGUGGAAGUGCCCCGCGGGUUCGGGAAUGAAUCCCGUCGACAAGUGUCGCUUGUGGUGAUUCGAACGCUCGAAUCCAUCUCCCGAUUCUCCGUGUAAAAUCGCUCGAACAUCCGGCGGUUCUAAUAAAUCAUUU